AUGACCACAAGCUUUUGUGGUACAUGGGACAUCAUCGACGACAACUUUGAAGGGUACAUGAUUGCAUUAGAUUUAAGCGCUUGUUUGAGAAAGAUUGCUCUGAAGUUGAAGAUGAGGAAACUGAUAGAACAGCAGGGCGUCAUCAAAACAUACAGCACCUUCAGGAAGUGCACCGUGUCCUUCCGAGUGGGUCAGCAGUUUGAGGAGAUCUCAGAGGGAGACAACAGGCACAUGAAGUCCCUGGUAAGGUGGGAUGGGAACAAGCUGGUGUGCGAACAGACUGGUGAGAUGAAGAAGAGGGGGUGGUGUCACUGGAUUGAAGAGGACAAGCUUCACCUGGGACAACAUUGUCAUCAUAUAUAG